AUGGUAGCGGAGAAAAAGACACGGAUCACCUACUUUGAUCCGUUUGGUGUUUUCACGGGGAACCUCGAGGAGGGCCUGCGCAAACGGCUACCGCUCCAGAACCUCCAUUGGAGCGCUCUCUCGGGCGACAAGCCUCUCAGAUCGAUCCCUAGGCUGGAUGUGGAGCUGGUGGAGGAUGUGGCACAGCAUGGGGAGGCCGAGGCAUCCAAGCCGCGGCUGCAUCAGAUGCAAGGUCUCUCGAAUGAGCCCUACUUUGCCAUCAUGUUUGUGCGGUGUGAUGACACCGAGACUUACAAGUCCAGUGUUCGGAAGGUGAUUCGAGAUUGGUUCAACAGAAGCGUCAGCCACCGCAGGGAGCCGAUAGAAUGGAUGAUUGUCAACUGGAAAAGCAACAAGUCGCGACCAAAGAGCUCGGUAUUCGACAAGAUCAAGUCCGACUUCAACACUGAUAACAAGAAGGAUAGAUGCAUUCAGGUCAGAGAGGACGCCAGUGCGGAGGAUCUCAUUGAUUUUUGGGGCGACUUGAUAUCACGACUCAAGGAGGGAGUGCUGGAUACUUUUUCCAUGCGCGUGGACUCGUACGAAAAGGAAAUUGCCAAGUUGGAGGCCCAGAAGAAUGUGGUGGGAUGGAACUAUGGAGCCUUCUUUGUCGCCAAGGAGGGACUCGGUGUGUCGUUUGAAAAUGUGGCACUGUAUGAUGACGCUCUGCAAGUCUAUGAUGAGCUGGAGGCCUCGUAUCAGGAAAUGUCGGCCAACAAAAACGUCACAUUUGUCUCUAAGAUUGGUUUCGAAAAGGUGGAUGUCGGUAUUUUGGAACCCCAGCAUGAGACUGACAUCAAGCUCGAGAUUCUGGCCAACGAGGUGUCACUGUUCGAUUUCAGAUGCUACCUGUUUGGUCGGCAGGUAACCCAGCUGCUUCUGCAGUCUCGAUCUGCUACUACUCCCUCUAUUUCUGCAUUGUUUAUGAGUCAGGUUCUGUCUCGUGUGCUGUCAUUCCAACGGGAGAUCCGAACUCUGCUUUAUAGCAACAAGAAGGAUCCUCUGAUGGUGGCUGACUGGGCAUACCAUGUGUCCAACGAGUUCCUUGAAGUGUCUGAUACCAUUGAGACUGAGGGACGAGAGAUCAGCGAGGCCCGUGGAGAGCUGCUGUUUGCAUGCAGAGAAAUGCUACUGGCCCUGGCCGAAAACAGAGGCUGGUACCUGGUUACGGCCAUGCGAGAAGUGUCUCUUAAUGACGAACCCAAGAGCGAAUAUAAACCCACCGAACUCGUGGCUGCUCUGCUUUCCAAUGAAGAGGAGUUUCUGGAGUCUUACCGAGAACUCACCGUCCAGAUUGCGGAGGAAUACCGACAUGCUGGCCGAGAAAGAUCCAUAAAGGCUUUCACGUGUGAUUUGGCCCUUUUGGACUUCCAGCAGGGUCGUUAUGAGCAGGCUGUGACGCAGCUGAAGACUCUACCUUCUCUGUUUUCUACCCAGGGAUGGGAUGCUAUGGCAGUGUCUGUCUUCAAAUAUUACACAAAGUGUCUGCAGGCUCUUGGACGAAAGGAAGAACUUCUAAAUGCUGUUCUGCUGCUGGUCUCCCAGCGAGAGCUCAUCACAUCCCGCGAACUCGAUGAGUACUUCAAAAUUGCUCUUUCUCUACGAAGUGAGCAGCUCGAGUUUGACCUCACUGGCACUUUUGUAGUUGAUCUGGCUAGUGGAGUGACGCAUUCCAAGGAGGAGAAUGACGACUCUGUGCUUCUCGAGGUCGCAAUUAACUCCCCCUUGCCUAAAGCAGUGAAGGUUAGCCAGGUCUGUGUCACGUACUCAUACGACCAAGACGGAGCAGCAGAUAACAAGGUGAUCAAAUUCGAGAGUCUGGCGACCACCAUUGCCCCAGGUGUGAACAAGCUGCAGCUCGAGACUAACCAGUUCACAGAGUAUCCGUUGUACCCUCGAGAGCUUGUUAUUUCCAUCGAUAAGCUGUCGCUGACUAUCGACAUCGUUUCUUCAGCUCCCUUGUACAUGUCUUCUGGCCCCGGUAACAUGAAUGCUCGUAUUUCUGUGCCUAGAGAGCUUCACUUGAACAGAAAGUGUGUCGCACUCACUGUCUCAAACUCUUCCACGGUCAAUGAAGGUCUCAUUACUGUCUCUUGUGUCGACCUCCAGAGCAAGCUGUAUGUCAGGGACGCAACACUAACCAUUGAUGGUAAGCCCGUGGACGAUAUGGACGACGGAGAAAUUCUGUCUGCUGACGAAAUCGUGUUUGAGAAUCUCGAGAAGGGCCAGGUCUUGGAAGUCCUCAUUCCCUACGAGAAUCAUGGCCCAGCUAUUAUGGAGUUUGGAAUAUCCAUCAAGUACAGAACUUCAGAGGGCGAGUAUCUCUACGACACUACCGAUUCUGUCGAUGUGCGAUUACCCAUCUCCGUGUCUGUUCAGGACGUAUUCCGAACCUCCUUCCUCUACUCCCGGUUUUCUGUCACAUCUACAGACGCCUCUCCCAUUCGAACUCUGGGUGUCACCCUGUCGGAAUCUGAUGGAGAAGAUCUUUAUGCCAUCUCUACUCCCUCAAUGUCUUCCGACGUCGUCUUCACUAACCAGGCUGCGUCUUUCACCUUCAGAAUCGAGCCGCGAGACUGGUCCAGGUUCAUUGCUGCUGGUGCUAAGAAGCCUUUGACUCUCCGAAUCGAGUUUCGGCGUGUCGCAGACGAACUGGUGGAGUUUAUCUGGGCCAAAAUCACAGCAAAGCUUGCUGCUGCAGGUCUGGAAGACUGCAUUGUCUCUCUGCGUGUCAUUAAGUCUCUCAUAGAGGCUGAUGUCACUUCCUAUGCUCUGCGACUGCCUACCAUGUCUGAGCCUAUUGUUCUUCCUGAAUGGACAGAGGCACUGCAGGCAGUCUCCAAGGAUAAUCAUGAGAAGGUAAAGGAAGUUGUCAACGAGGCUUUGGCUGAGUCUACCUCGUGCUCCGAUGAGUGUCUGCUGCCUAGUCAGUUUUUGUGCAUCUCUGUGCCUGUGCCUCAGGUCCAGAUUGUUCUUUCAUCCAAGCUGACCGAGGACAAGCCUACUACAAAGCCCCAGAGAGUCGGUGAAGCCAUCGACUACACUCUGAAUAUCAACUCAAAGCUGUGGGAUUCUAACCUAGCCCCUGAUACACGGUUCUUCUAUGAAAUUCUGCCCCUGCCUGAUACUUGGACAGUUUACGGAAGACGGAAGGGCCACUUUGUGCCAGCCGACAAUGUGGUGGAGAAUCUGCAGCUGGUCCCACUCAAGACAGGCCGAAUCGCACUGCCUGAGGUGGUUAUUCGGCCUGCUGACUCUGAGACCCCCAUUUCUAUGGAGGUGGACAACCGAAUCGGCGUGAAGUACGUGGUUGUUGCUCCUGAACUGGGCCGACUGACAUUCUCGUUCUGA